AUGCCGACCAACGGUGAGGCCCCAGCAGCGGAGACGGCGGUACCGGCAGGACCGUCGUUGCUUGCAUGGGGUGCAUGCCCGGCGCUGUAUGUGUCCUACGGCUUGUCCGCCAUCAAAGGCAGGCAGCCGGAGCUGACGGGCGCCCUGGCUGCCGUGCCGUCGUUCACGGUGCUGUCGCCGCCCAUGGGGCUCGACUACUUCGGGGUCUUCGACGGCCACUCGGGCGCGGAGGUCGCCAAUUACCUGACGGAGCGGCUGCACGGUGCCAUCUCGGACCAGAUCCUGCGCGAGCUGCUCGCCGAGGCCCCGCGCUUCCUCCACGGGUCGCAGGGAGACGUGGAGGGGUGGUGGAGGGCUGUCAUGGCGGACGCGUUCCAGAGAGUGGACGCGGAGGUGCUGCAGGGACUAGGCGGCGUCGACGCGGCGGUCGCCGGCGCGACGGCUCUGGUGGCGCUGGUCCUGGAGCAGCACGUGGUGCUCGCCAACUGCGGCGUUUCCAGGGCCGUCAUCUCCCGCGGCGGCGAGAUCUUGCAGCUCACCGCCGAGCACCGGCCAAACAGGCCAGACGAGAAGCAGCGUGUGGAAAACGGCGGGGGACGCGUGGACGAAUCCACAAACACAGUCGAUGAGUUUCUGCCAACCUCCCGCGCAUUUGGGAGCUACCUGUACAAGCGGUACUUGAUCGCGGAACCCGAGAUCACGGCCGUGGCCCGGGAUCCGCGGGAUGAGUUCCUGAUCCUGGCCACCGCCGGGCUCUGGGACAGCGUCUCGCCGGUGGAGGCGUGCCGCGUGGUGGAGCGGAAGCUGCGCAGCAGGUCGCGGAGCGCCAUGGCGUGCGGGGCGGCGACGGACAGCAGGGCGUCGGCAACCAUGCUCGCCAAGGAGCUUGCCCAGCACGCGGUCCGCGCGGGCAGCACGGGCAACGUGAGCGUCAUCGUCGUCCUCUUCAGGGACGAUCCCGCCGUUGUUGCCACGGCCUCUCCUGCGCCGGUGUUGGCCAGCGGGCGCGUCCAGCGCCCCCGGCGUGGGUGUCUCUCGUGUUGCUCUCCGUGAUGAGCAUCCAAGUUGUAAGCAGCUGGAGAAACUACUCUUCGUCAUUUGCUUUAGUUCUC